CCCCUUGGCCAGAGCGGCAAGAGAAACAACAAUGUGAAGAGGUGGAGGGUGGAACCAACCUACUCAACACUUAAUGUGGAUUUUUUGUGGUGCUGACAUGAGAAGAUAGACAGGUCCUGCUUUGACUCAUUGCGAAGGCUCCAAAGCUGUGAUGCAUCACCGACGGAAUCGGCCAGGGCCAUCCUACUCUAUGCGCAUUUAAAUCUUAACAUCACUAUUUAUUCAUCUGCUCUUCUUCAGACGUCUUAGAGGCAUCGUUCAUCUGGUGCUUCAUCAAGAACUGCAGUUUGAGAACCGCUGAGCUAGAAAGCCAGUAGGAUACAGAGACUUGAGCAUCGGACUACAGCUUUGGAAAACAGAAUUCAAAUUCCUGCUUGGGUCUGGAAACCCACUUCGUGUCCCUGGGCAAGUCACAUUCUCUCAACCUCAAAGGGAAGAAAAACCAAAUUCUCUCUGAAAAAACCUUCCCAAAAAUAGCACAUUUCACAGGAGGAUUAAUAGGCUCCCGUUGAUCCAAUUGGUCCAACUAUGAAGCUCUUGGUCUUUGGAUUGCUUCUGAUGGGCUCUGCAGCCUUUGCUCAGGACGGGACUGGAGAACGGAUCAUUGGCGGAUACAACUGCCCACAGCGCUCCAGGGCCUUCCAGGCUGCCCUUGUUACAGGGCGCAGAGGCAACUGGAACAUUUAUUGUGGCGGGAGCUUAGUACAUCCGUGUUGGGUGCUCUCUGCAGCUCACUGCAAACCCAGGAGACAAAUGAAGGUAUGCCUAGGAAAGAGCAACUUGAGGAGGUAUGAAAGGACAGAACAGUGCUUGAAUAUUGCUGAAGUCAGAGUCCACCCAGAGUAUGACCGGAGCAAAAACAACAAGGAUUACAUGCUGCUCCGUCUUCAGCCUUGUGCCAGACUGUCUGAUGCUGUGAAGACCAUUCAGCUGCCGUCUGGCUGCCCCAAUGACGGGAAGCAGUGCACCGUUUCUGGCUGGGGCACCACUAGAUCUCCUCAAGCACAACUUCCAGCACAGCUGCAGUGUGCAAAUGUCAGUAUUGUCCCUCAACCGAAAUGCAAUUCAGCAUAUCGAGGGUCCAUUACACCAUACAUGGUGUGUGCCGGAGUACCGCAAGGAGGCACCGACUCUUGCCAGGGAGACUCUGGGGGCCCGCUUGUCUGCAACGGACAGCUUGAAGGUGUGGUUUCUUGGGGCACAUAUGUGUGUGCACAGAAAGGGAAUCCAGGUGUAUAUGCCAAAGUCUGCUGCAUUGUGCCCUGGAUCCAGAAAACUGUCAACGGGACGUGGUGACUCUUACCCGAUCCACCAAACUCAGCACAGAAAGAAGACUCACCUCAAAAGCUCCGACAAUUCAUCAUCCUCCUUGUGCUUCCAUUUUACUUCCAAUAUUUUUCAGGGUUCCUGUAAUUGCAAAGAGCACCCCACAUUGGUCAAGAUCUUGCUAGUCUCUCUAUCAAGGUGGCUUGCACUAGUCUACUCUCUUAAUUGAAAAUUAACGGUGCGAUCCCCUCUCCUUAUAUUAGGGAGAGAGGUGUGAUUGUAUUUGCUGUGGGGAAGAUGUGUGGGAAGAGGUAAUACAGCUGUUGGCCAUGUUGUCCUCUGGGAAUUGCGGGAGAAGCUAGGGACACAGUAAACAUCUGCUUUGCUAGAGUGAUGGUAAAAACUUUCUUGUUCUACCAAAACAACAUUGUGGGGGAUGCUUCAGACAGUUUCCAGAUUUUUUGCAAAUUACCGCAUAGUCAUGUACCCAUCAAGGACCAAAAUAAUAGAUAUUUUAAUAUGACCCAUGGAUAAAUUGAGGUAAAAAAAAAAACAAGCUCCCUUGGGGAGGGGGAGAGACAUUUACCUGCCCAGGAAUUCAAAAAAGCCAAAAGGAUCCCCACAGAGGAAAGAUUAAAGGGGUUGGUUGCUUCUUUUAGGACUAUGUUCUUGCCUUUCACCAUUCUUCUCAGAGAAGACAAUAGUUCCUUUUCCCAUAAGAGAUGAGUCAAAAUAUUCACAUUAACCCGUAGAUACAUCUGAAACGGCAGACAAAGGUUUGAGGUAAUGAGACAAAGAGAGUUCCGGUUGCUGCAGAAAAAGACAUUUAUUCUCAGUGGCCACCGAGAAUAAGCAUAGGAAGGAAAAAGCAAGGGUACAGAACAAAGAAACACAGGCCUUUUUAUACCAUUUUGCCUUCAUCUACCUACGUCAUAUAGGCAUUAUCCAUCACCAAUUAGUGUAAAAAAAAAAGUCUUAUUUUUGCACUUUACUAAAACAUAGGCGACUUUCAAGACCUCUGACCCUUGCAUUAGGCCUUAUCUAAGAAAUUCCUAUCUUGGCUUUCUGGGGUUCCAUUAACUGAAGAAUUUCCCCUAUCUAAGUCAUUAGCACCCCUUCAUGGCGCCAGGUUACCUUAAGCUUAUUUUGACAUCCAAAAGCCUUAAUUUGUCUUUUGUCCAUUAGCAUGGAUCUUAUCUGGUUUGUUGACACUUUAACAGAUGUCUCUGCCACUUUGGGUGAACUUUGGUCUCUGCUAUGAGGAGACUGGAUAUUUGCCAGGCAGAGUGUAUUUUGGGGCUAUAUGCACACAUUCUGCUUGUGAUUGUAUACAGUAGAGUCUCACUUAUCCAAGAUUCUGGAUUAUCCAAGGCAUUUUUGUAGUCAAUGUUUACAAUACAUGAUGAUAUUUUGGUGCUAAAUUCGUAAAUACAGUAGCAUUACUGCAUAUUGAACUGCUUUUUCUGUCAAAUUUGUUGCAAAACAUGAUGUUUUGUUGCUUAAUUUGUAAAAUCAUAACCUAAUUUGACAUUUAAUAGGCUUUUCCUUAAUCCCUCCUUAUUAUCCAACAUAUUCGCUUAUCCAACGUUCUGCUGGCCCGUUUACGUUGGAUAAGUGAGACUCUACUGUAUUAUUAUUACAUUUAUUAUUUCACUCUAUUAUUAUUAAAAGGAUACAUAAGCACAGUUACAUUGAAGAAGAUGAGAUAAAGAUAAGCGAGACUCUACUGUAUUUUCUUAUUCCUAUUUCUAAUAUGAUUACAUUCGAUAUAUGGUUUCCAAUACAAGUAUUAUAUUUUUCCAAUACACCUUCAUCACAUCAACCCACAUUUUUAGAACUGAUUUUUUUAACUAUAAUGUCUAGAGUUAUACAUGAGUAUAAAGAGUCAUGAUCUUUCCCUUUCGUUGAAACAUUCUUGAUUCACAAGUCAUUACUGGAAGGGAUUCCAUUUCCUGACCAUUCCCAUUUCUUUCCCUUCCACACAUCCAUUGUAACUUUCAUAAUUAAUCUUCUACUAAACACCAGAGAGAAGUGGUAUCCUCUGUCUAUUCCAUAGACUAUAUUGUGGACAGAGAGGCGUGAGGGAAAAAUACCUCAUGGCAUAUUUAUUGUAUUUUAACAGCUAUUCAAUAUGUUGUGGAUUAUUGAUGAUAAAUAGAACCUCUUACGUGUGCCUGCGAUCCAGAAUCACCCGCAAAACAACAACAUGCCACUCAGGUUUGCAGAACAAAAAUACAUGAACUUUACUAAUUCCAAGAGAUCAAAGAACAGUAGUACAGUAGAGUCUCACUUAUCCAACAGAAACGGGCCGGCAGAACGUAGGAUAAGCGAAUAUGUUGGAUAAUAAGGAAAGAUUAAGGAAAAGCCUAUUAAACAUCAAAAUAGGUUAUGAUUCUACAAAUUAAGCACCAAAACAUCAUGUUAUACAACAAAUUUGACAGAAAAAGUAGUUCAUUACACAUUAAUGCUACAGUGUCUUAUAUUAAUUUUUUCUCUCAAAGAUGCUCUAGGUCUUAUUUUCAGGGGAUGUCUUAUUUUUCCAUGAAGAAGAAUUCACAUUUAUUGUUGAACAAAAAAACGAACAUUUAUUAUAUAUUGUACAGUAGUUGUCAUCACAAACCAGCAUAACCAGACAAACUGUGAAUCCUAUCAAGGAUUUCUUGUUCCUACCAUUAUUUUCAUGUACAACACUCUAUGGUACGUACAUUUACCAAUCCUACAUGCUCUGGUGUUCUGUUCAGCGGGCAUGCUUCCAAACAAAAACUUUGCUAGGUCUUACUUUUGGGGGAGGCCUUAUAUUUAGCAAUUCAGCAAAACCUUUACUAGGUCUUAUUUUCUGGGGAUGUCUUAUUUUAGGGGAAACAGGGUAUGUAGUAAUUACUGUAUUUAUGAAUUUAGUACCAAAAUAUCACAAUGCAUUGAAAACAUUGACUACAAAAAUGCGUUAGAUAAUCCAGAACCUUGGAUAAGUGAGACUCUACCGUAUUUACAAUGGUCCCUCUGAUCACUUAUAGAAGUCCACAGUCAUAAAUAGCCCUUUCUCAGCCCACAAAUCUGCUUCAGAGACUACAGUCCUGGUUCUUCUCCCUAUUUUCUCAGCAGCAAACAGGCCUCGAAAUAGCAAGACCUCUCUGAGUACACACUGCUCUCUAGCAGUACUCAGCCAGCACUGAAAAAACUUGUUCAAAUUGGUUUGCAGCAGCAGAACAGAAACAGUAACAAAAUCAAUUCCCAGGUCUUUGCAGGCUCAGCCAGUUGGCUUCAUGCAUUCAAUUUUCCAGUUAACACACACACAGUACAGUGCCUUUGCAAACCAUGACACGGUAGACUUGGAUAGCUGUUAAAAUACAAUAAAUAUGUUAUGUAUUCGCAGUUGCAGUAUGUCAGUUCAUUGGAGUGCUGCCUCCGCUGACAUCCUCUCUGGCCAUUGAGAAUAAACCUUCUGCUUUUGCCUUCA